AUGGCCAAUCCCAAAGACCAGAUCACCGUUCAAACUACUUCCACCGAACCCGAGAAUACCCUGUCGCCGCUCCUCUCACCGAAACAAAAUGCCUCGGUAGUUGUCACCGCCGCGGAGGGAGAACCAGAGGCAUCCGGAUCUGGAUCUGGAGAUGGAGGGGAAGGAGGGCCACCGGCAGCAGGGGACCAGGUAGACGAGCAGAAGAAGGGGUUUUUAGCAUACUUUAAGACGAAGGAGUUUUAUAUCACUUUGCUGCUGGGACAAAUAUUGGCAAUCACCAACACAUCAACGAGUACAUUCACGACACUACUGAACCUCGAAGGGACAUCGAUUCCUGCCUUCCAAACGUUCUUCAACUACGUCCUCUUAACCCUCAUCUUCACUCCAUACACAAUAUACCGCUACGGCUUCAAGCGCUGGCUCCGCUUAGUGUGGUAUGAUGGAUGGAAAUAUAUAAUCCUCGCCUUCUGCGACGUCGAAGGCAACUACUUCAUCGUCCUCGCCUACCAAUACACAACCAUGAUGAGCGCCUCCCUCAUCAACUUCUGGGCCAUCGCUGUCGUCGUUAUCGUCUCCUUCCUCUUCCUCCGCGUCCGCUACCAUAUGACUCAAAUCGUGGGUAUCCUGAUCUGCAUCGGCGGCAUGGGCGUGCUCAUCGCUUCGGACCAUAUCACCGGCGGCGAGGGGGCGGCUUCGGACGAGUUGAAGGGUGAUCUGUUUGCGCUGUUGGGCGCAACAUUCUAUGGUCUCACGAAUACCUUCGAGGAGUACUUCGUCAGUAAACGGCCAAUGUAUGAAGUGCUGGGCCAAAUGUCCCUCUACGCCCUAAUAAUCAACGGUGCCCAAGCCGGCAUCUUCGACCGCGACUCGUUCCGCACCGCGCACUGGAACAGUAAAGUCGGCGGCUAUCUUACCGGGUACACCCUCUGCCUGACCUUAUUCUACUGUCUCGCACCACUACUCUUCCGUCUCGCCUCCGCAGCAUUCUUCAAUAUCUCCAUGCUUACCAUGAACUUCUGGAGUGUGUGUAUUGGGAUCAAGGUGUUUCAUUAUACGGUGCAUUGGAUGUAUCCGAUUGCGUUUGUGUUGAUUAUUGUGGGGCAGUUGAUUUAUUUCCUUGGACGGCGGGUGUUGGCGGAGGCGAGGAAGCCGUGGUUAGGUGAGGAUCAGGAACGCGGUGUUGAUGGGUUGUUUACGGCGAGGAGGAAGAUUGGUGCGAGUGUUGAGAGGGGGGUUGUUGCUGGUUCUGGUUCUGGUUCCACUGGUGAGGAUCAGGGUCAGGGUCGAGAGGAAGGUGAGAGAAGGGACCCUAGUAUCGUUUGA